GGGGGUAAGAAGGGGAAGAAGGUGACAGGAGAGAAGGGUAAAGGAGCAGGGAGGAUGAACGGCCACUACCAGGAGAAUGGCAUGGAGAACCUAAUGCUGUUUGAGGUUGUCAAGAUGGGCAAGAGCGCCAUGCAGUCUGUGGUGGAUGACUGGAUUGAGGCAUAUAAAACCGACAGGGACAUGGCUCUGCUGGACCUGAUCAACUUCUUCAUCCAGUGUUCUGGCUGUAAAGGAGUGGUCAGUGGAGAGAUGUUCCGAAACAUGCAGAACUCUGAGAUCAUCAGGAGGAUGACAGAGGAGUUUGACGAGGACAGCGGUGACUACCCUCUGACCAUGGCAGGUCCACUGUGGAAGAAGUUUAAGGGUAGUUUCUGUGAGUUCAUUGCUGUCUUGGUUAGACAGUGUCAGUACAGCAUCAUCUAUGAUGAGUACCUCAUGGACACGGUCAUAUCGCUCCUCACCGGACUGUCGGACUCACAGGUCCGAGCCUUCAGGCACACCAGCACACUGGCAGCUAUGAAGCUGAUGACAGCCCUGGUGAAUGUAGCUCUGAACCUGAGCAUCAACAUGGACAACACACAGCGGCAGUACGAGACAGAGAGAAACAAGAUGGUCGCUAAGAGAGCCAAUGACCGGCUGGAGCUACUGCUGCAGAAACGCAAAGAG